UGUAAUUAAAACGAGGCAGCGCGCGAGAUGUUAUUUUGAAGUCAAAAGUUGAUGAUGCAGAUUUAACAGAAUUCCUGUGAAUUAAUUAUUUUAUAAUCUAAUUAAGGGUUAUGUCGUCCAGGAUGGGUGAUAUGGAAAAAUCUGUCUUGGAAAUGUUAGUUCCAAUCUUCCCAAACUUGACACAGGAAAUAUUACAAGCAAGUGUACAACAUCCUAGUAACCAUGGAGAUCCACUGACAUCAGAUACACUCCUACAGAGAUGUAUUGACGACUUGUUAGAAUUAAGAACAUUCACUGAAAAGACGUUGGUUGCUUCUCCAUACAGACAGCCAACCGAGAUAGAUUCUGAUGAUUCUACAGACAGUGAAAGAGAUACAUCUAAAGAAAAGACUUUAAAUGAUAUCAGACUGGCUAAAAGUAAUAUAAUAAGUCCAUCAAAUAUAAGUCUAUCUGAUGCAACUAUAACAGGUGAUUACAAUGACAAUGAUGUCCAAAUAACUGGACACACUCCAUCCAAAGAUUGUCUCAUUGUGUCGGGAAAAACAAGGAAGAAAGCAGGGAAAGAAAGAAAACCGAUUUUAAAAGAUGGCAAAUUUAAAGCAGCUUGUACCAGUGUGAAAGAUCUGAGUGAUGCUGAGAAAAGAACAGUGACUUUAAUAGAGACAAAGGUUGACAAAUCAACAAGUGAUGACAUGUAUAGAGAAAUAGAGUUUAGUUCAGAUUCGAAUUCGAGCGAUUUAAUACAUCAAAUAUUUGACCAAACUGACAGUGAAGAUGACCUACCAAUGUUAAACAGUCCAAUUAAAAAUUCACCUCUAAAACCUUCUCAAUUCAAUAGUAAACUGGACAAGGUAAUGAGUAGCCCAGACUUCUCUAACUGGAGAGACAAGGCAAACAAGUCAUCAUCUCCUAGUUCUGUUGUAGCAAGUGAUAAAACUAUAAUACAAGGUCGUAAUGACUUACUGGUAAGGUCAAACACAGUACCAAAUCUACUAACUACCACUCCGUCCAGUGUGAUAGGUACUAAGAACAGCCUCCUUACCAAUCCCUCGGUUAGUCCAAGUAGAGGUGUAACAGCCACUGUAAACGUUAGUCAUGCAUCUGAUAUGAAUGUUAAUAUAACAGUUAAUGUUAGUGCUCAGUCUUUAGGGAGGAAUAAUACGACACAAAAACAGCAUGUGAAACCUAGCGCUGUUAGCAAUAAUAACAUCACUCAAAAACAACAUGUGAAACCUAGCGCCCAGUCUGCAGUCAAUAUAAUUAAUAACAUCACACAAAAUCAACAAUUGAAAUCUCAGUCUGUAAGUCAGAAGCCUGUGACACACAUUCCACAAGCUGGUCCGUCUAGACAGGAAAAGACAAUAGGACUAGACAUAUUACCUCCUGGUCUAGGUGCUGGUCACAUGAUUCAACAAACACCAUUAGGACAAUUGCCACAAUUAAUGACAUCUGCAAAUGUACCAGUACCAAUGACCAAUCAAAUGUUAGCAGUAUCUUAUCCUAAUCCAUCAAACCCUCUGAACAUGAGGAUAGGAAACCAGUCUACUAUAACAGCUAAUUCAUCAAACAUAAUUAUGAACAGACCACAGUUAAAUAGUAAUGUUUCAAGCAACGCAUCAAAUACAGCUGUUAUUCAGUCAAAUAAAGGGCUUCUGCCCAAACCUUCGUUUAAUCCAUCAUUUAAUCCAUACACUGGUAUACAGAGGCCUCCAUCAACUGUUCACCAAAUGCCUUACAUGAACAGACCUCCAUUUAAUCCAAUAUUUAAUCAAAACGCUGGUUUACAAAUGCCUCCAUCAACUGUACACCAAAUGACAAACAUGAAUAGACCACAAGUUAAUCAAAUGUUCAAUCCAACAGUAGGGGUACAGAGGCCUCCAUCAAGUGUACACCAAAUGACAAACAUGAAUAGACCUCCAUUUAAUCCACUUCUCAUGGGGGUUCAAAGGCCAUCAAGUACCAUUACUGGGCCACAAACUGCUGGACAUGCUACUGUAAUGUCAACAACUCAGAAUAUACCUGGUCAAACAACAGCUAACCUAAAGAGACCAGCAGGAAGUCAAUUCCCUACCAUGAACAAUCCAACCAGACAUGUAGCUGGUCAGGUUCCAACAAUGGACAUUCCAUUCAGGCCUGCAGUUAAUCAAAAUCCAGCAGCAGUAAAUCCUAACAGACCUGUUCCUAGUCAAGUUCCAAAUGGAGGUUUUCUGAUUAGACCUGGUAAUGCAUCAGCAAACAUAAAUAGACCUGCAGUUGCUUCAUCAGAACCAAAUACUGUGCAGCCUCAACAUGUUCCUCCAGUGAACAGUGAAAGGCAACCCGACUUGGUUCCAGGACACACUAAUAAUGGACAUCAGUUUAUUGUGCCUGUACUUGCCAAGCCUAACUUAGUUCCAUCCAAUAACCAACCUACCAAUAAAUCUGUUGCCGUUAAUAAAGAGGAAAUUCAAGAUCCUGCCAUUGUCCAAAAUCAAAAUCCUCCAGUUGUCAUUCCUGAUGAAGAACCCACACCAGAAAGGAAGAAAGCAGAAGCAAAACAGAAGUUAAGGCAGGAAAUGACCAACAUGUUUCCAGAUAUUGACCCGACUUAUGUUGACCAGUUGUAUGACCGAUUACAAGAUCAUAACUGGCAGAUGAUUAUCAAUAAUGCCUGUAUGUUAAUACUGGAAAAUCCACAAUAUCCUAAAAAGUCUGAAAAGAAAACUCAACCUCAAGUGCCAAAGACAUUACCUAAGAUUGAUUAUUACAAAGAAUACAGUGGCCAUGUUACUGGUCCCUACAGAAACCAGUGUGAGAUGCUACUACAGUCAGAAUUCAAAUGGAUCUCUCUUAAAGAUAUAAGAAACAUUAUGAAAUGUUUUAAUGGUCACUAUGCUCCUUCUCAUAAAGUAAUGACAGCUAUCAUGAAUAACAGGGCUCAGGAGUUCACCAAGUUGAAAGAAACUAACCCAUUAAUGCAUCCUUAUUCUCAAGCCAAGGCAGAAAUUAAAGUGGACGGAGUUUAUGGUGAAAGAAUUAUCAGCAUGCAGUUUCUAAAGUGUGGUCGACCUCUAAGAAGUGAAGUUCCUGUCUGUCCAGAACUUGUUCACGAGAAAGAAUUUAUCAGAAUUAAAACAGAGGAAGAAACAAAGGAACAGGAUCAUAUAAUGGCAGUCAGUGUUAACGAACAUGAGUAUGAGGAGAGUGGUCAGCUGAUAGAGUGUGGUUGUUGCUAUGGUGAAGUGGCAUUUGAGAUGAUGAUUCAGUGUUAUGAGGGGCACCUGUUUUGCCAGGAGUGUCUUGAAAGAUAUGCCAAGGAGUCUGUAUUUGGACACGGGAAGGCUGAUUUACUGUGUAUGACAGAUGGUUGUGAUGCUUCCUACCCCAUGAGUCAAUUACAGAAAGCUCUGUCCAGUAAUAUUCUGUCCAAGUAUGAAGAUAGAGUCCAGGAAGAAAAUAUCAACUUAGCAGAUUUAACAGAUCUAGUCAGAUGUCCAAGUUGUGAUUUUGCUGCCCUUAUGGACCCUGAAGAUAAAGUAUUUAAAUGUCAUAACCAUUCAUGUUUAAAGGAAACGUGUCGUUAUUGUAAAGAAGAUUGGACAGAACAUUUUGGUAAAAGAUGUGAGGAAAUAGAGAAGAAAGAUGAAGUUAAACUCAGGCUGCAAUUUGAGGAGAAGAUGACUGAAGCUAAGAUAAGAACAUGUCAUAAAUGUAAAGCAAAGUUCACUAAAUCAGAUGGCUGCAAUAAAAUGACCUGUCGAUGUGGAGCAAAAAUGUGUUAUAUUUGUAGAAAGCCGAACAUUGAUUAUGAUCAUUUCUGUCGUCACUUUAGAGAUCCAAACAAAGGCAAAAAUUGUACUGAAUGUACAUCAUGUUCUUUGUGGUCAAAUCCUGAGCAAGAUGACGAAAGAGCUGUAUCAGAAAUAAGAAAAGAAGCUGAAGAAGUCAGGAAAACUAUGGGAUAUAAUGAUGACAAGUUGAUUGGUGCUCCAGAUGAACCUCCAAGUAAAAAACCCAGAAUAGUGCCUCCUGGAAACCCUCGUGCUCAAGUUGUGUAAUCUUGGAUAUAAACCCAGAAUAAUGCCUCCUGGGCAUCUUUGCGCUCAAGUUGUGCAAUAUUGAAUUAAGACCUAGAAAAGUGCCAUAUAGGCACCCUUGGGCUCUAGUGGUGUAAUAUUGGAUAAAAUCCCAGAAUAGUGCCUCCUGUGCACCUUUGUGCUCACGGUGUGUAAUAUUGGAUAAGAAAACAAAAUCCAGACUUCUUGGCAUGUUCCAUUCUUCAAAUUCUCAGGACAAGUUAUGCAUAGCACCUUAUUGUUUAUGAUCAAUUCAAUGAAGGAUUGUUUUAAAGGAAAGAAGAGUUGGACAAGAAAUUGGAAACAAAGAGGAUUGUUGCUGUUUCUUGGAUAAAACAUCUUUUAAAGUCAAACCUUGUUUGACUUGUGUGACAUUUUAUAGUGUAACAUUUAUCACAAGCUGCUAGGAAUUGUGGCCUGCAAACAACAUUUUUUCUUGUAAGGCAAUAUUGAUAUAGGGAUGGGAUAUGAAGAUGUUUUAUUUCCAAUGGUGCUCUAUUUUUACUGUUUAUUAUAUUAUGUAUCUAGCUAUGGUUAAAUAUGGUGACUGAUAAAAAUUGACCUUAAAAACUGCAAAAGAUAAACAAAAGUUAAUAUUAUAUAUGACAUGUAUGAAUUCAUUCUCUUUGAUUUCUAAAAUAUAUUCAGAUUAGAAUUGAACAACUUUUGUGUGAAUUAGUUGGUAUAAGUAAAAGAUAAGGAAAAUUUGGAAAUUAUGUUAAAAGUGCAAGGGUAACAAAUAUAUGAUUAGAUCACAGGUUUCUAUAGUAGAAUACUGUUUGAGACAUCUUUUAGAAGAGAACUCUUGUUAAAUAAUAUAUUAAUCAGUUUCUAUGUGACAAUCUGCAUGUAUACCAUGUUAUCUGUAAUGUUUUUUAUAACUGCAUUUUGUCUGAUUUGAACGCAAGACACAGCAAAAUUGAGAUCAUAGUUUAGUGCUUAAACAAAACAGAAAGCUAUUUAGUGCUGAUAGUCAUGAUAGUUGUACACAAGUCAUGUUUGUUGUGUGUUAUUUUAUUCCUUUAAUGCUAAAAGACAAUGAAGUUAUGAAACAGUUUUUGAAAGUAUUGCAAAUUUAAAGAAACAUGUUCAUAUGUUGUAAUGUUGCAUAUAGUGGUAUAGACUUAUUCUUAGAAUGGAAUGUUUUAUUGUUAAUUUUAGGUACAUUCAGAAUUAUUUCUCUUUUUUAUUUGGUUUCUGAUUAGUCUAUAAUGUAGAAUAAGAGCAACAUUGAAAUAAUUAAAGACCAGAUGUUUAAUUAAAUGUUGUGUUAUCAUAAGGUCAGAUGUAGCAAGUUUAACACAAAUUUAUUAAUUCAUUCAAUGUAAAAUGAAUCCGCAUAAAAUAAUAAUAAAAUUCACAAAAAAAUGAUAUCUUAAAAUUAGAUUAGUCAAUAACCAGCAAUAAAUUUACA